UUCAUCAUCAUCAACUUGAUGAUUUGAUCAUCAUCAUUAUAAAUAUCGGUUGUGUAUGUUGAUAUCAUUUAUACAAAUUAUCAUUAUCAACAACAACAACAACAUGUCGACAUUACGAAAAAAUUUCUGUCAAAUUUUCAGUGAAAAAUUGCCAUUAUUACCAAUUACAAAUGAAUAUCGAAGAUAUCGAUUAAUGUCACAAGCUGGCCAAGAUUUACAAUAUGUUCUCGAUCAAAUGGACAAUCAAUUAUCUGAUCGUAUUAUGUAUUGUCCUACAAAGGAUCUGUUAUUUGAUAAAUAUCAACAUGCAAUAUAUGAAUUAUUCAAUGCUGAGAUUAAUAUUUAUUGUAAAAUCAAUAAAUUAAUACAUAUCUAUCAACGACCAAUGCUUAUGUGUCGUAUAAUUUCACCAGAAGAAUCUGUCAUUAUUUUCUCUGACCUACAACGAUUAGCUGAAAUUCAUUCGAAUCUGAUUAAAAAUCUUGCAAUGCUUCAAACAAACGGUUUGUUUGAAUGUCCAGUGAAUGCUAUGUUUGAAUUCACUAAAUCAUUAUAUUAUUAUCAAAUCUAUUGUUCAAAUCUAAUUCAAUCGAGAAAAAUUUUACAUAAAAAAAUGCAACAAAAACAAUUUGUCAAUUUUUUACAAUCAGAAAGAAUACAAAAAUAUGGUGAAAAAUUGGAUUUAGCAUCACAUCUAGAUCAACCAAGACGACAUUUGAUGAAAUAUCCAUUAAUAUUGGCCGAAAUUCGUCGCCGAACUGUUGAUCAACAGGAAAUUGAUCAAUUGAAUAAAUUAAGUGAACAUAUAACCACAUUUAUUAGUCAAAUUGACGAACAAAUUGAUGAGAAUAAAUUUCAUGAUCUAAUCAACAAAUUUUCCAUACGAACAAAACAUUCAAUGAAUAUUAAAAACAAAAUACUGUCCACUUGUACACGAUUAAUAUUAUUAUCAUCGGUUUAUUGUUGGCCAAAAAAGUGGCCAAAAAAUUGUCUUAUUCUUUUGGAUCGUUUACUUAUAUUGGCACGUUGUUCAGCAUUGGGUAAUAAAUUUCGUAUUCGUUCAAUAAUCGAAAUUGGCAAUGAUCUACAUUAUCAUCGUAAAUCCAAAAAUCAUAAAAAUUUUAAUAAUAAUUCAACCACAAAACAACAUUCAAAAUGGUUACGUUUAUAUUCAACAAAUGAAUCAAUCAAUUUUGAUAUAACCAUUAAAUUCAAACAACAAGAUGAUCGUAUCGUUUGGUUACGAUAUUUGGCCACUUUAUUCAAUUUGAUUGCUAGAUGAUUUGAAUUGAUUUUUGUAAUCCAAAAAAAAAAAUAAAAAAUAAAAA